AGGUAUAAACGAGGCUAUACUGUGAGCUCUUCUUUAUUACCCUACAGUGUUUUUUGGCCUCUGUUACGCAGGGAGGAUGUAUGUCACAAGUGUUUCACACGCUCUUUUUUUUCUUAAAUUGAAACCACACGAACUUCCUUUUCUACCUUCCUUGUAUUGUAAUUUGCGCGUAAAGAGACAGUCAGAGGAGUUGACAGCAAUGAUGUAUAUAUUAUACACAUUGGUUUGAGAAAGAGAGGCGCGAACAUGUAGCCUAGGCGUUGUGUUGAUAAAGGUUGAGACAUUUAUCCAGGAUGAACCGUUCCAGUAAAUUGUCAUCUGAAAAACAGAAGAGAACCUGGAUGAAAUACGCAGUGCUAUGCUGACAACAAGAUGCAACUCGAGACCGGUGAGCGCAGUGGGAGAAACCAGAAUUGAAACCUGCGGUGCUUCAGUGAAGCCCCCCUCCCCACCUCAUCUGAUGGAGAGGCCGUCUUCUACAACCAGGCGCCAGGCCUGGUUCCAGACCGGUCGCCAGUGGCCUACCCUGAAAGAACAAGAUCCACAGGGACCUCCAUCCACCCACCCGUCUGUUCCACACCAGUCUGCAUCAGAGGAUGAUGUCUUCUCAGAUGGAUGCUCAGCAGGAAAGAUUGAGAGCUGGCUGCUGGGCUGUGGGCUGGAGACGGACUCAGAAAACUCUAGACAUAAUCUGACUGUUGAGUCUCUGCUGAAAUCGAAAAGUUUUGAAGAUGACCUGAGUCUGGGGGCCGAGGCUACAGUAUUAAAUGUUGAGGAAGGAGUCUCAGAACUGAGCAGCUGCCCACUGCUGUUUCCUCCACCCAAACAUCCUCACAGAGGAGUCACCACCAGUACUCCCCGCCAGAGACUGGCUCUGCCCCUUCUCCACCUGGGUCACAGUCUGGCCUCCAGUGGGCUCUCCAAAAGCACCAGUAAAGCCUCGAGUGUGUCGGAGGCCCUGCAGAUGUGUGCGGAGGAUGCAGAGGAGACUCUGUACCAGUUAGGGUUUGGUUGUGAUGAGCCUGAGGUCACGGCCCGUAUACCUAUCCGUUUCAUCAACUUCCCCUCCCAUGCCCACGGCAUCAACCUCCGCCUCUUUCUUCAGUCCCAACUGCACCGGCUCCGACAGGAGGACCCAGGACUCUCCCUGGCCAGCCGUUUCAGGCAGGUAGAGGUGCUGACAGCCAUGGCCAACGCCUUCUACUCCCUCUACUCACACGUGUCCCGCACGCCCCUCCAGAAGCUCGCCCCUCCUGAGUUCAGCUUCUCCCCCACCGCUGACGGGCAGAUCGGACGCCGCUUCAUGGGAAGUGUCCGCAGCGAACCGAGGUCUCCAGUGGAACGACUCAAGGAUACGGUUUCUAAGAUGUGCCUGUAUACUGGCUCUGGGGCUUCUGCCCGGCUGGGGUCGGACUCUGCCUGCCCCAGACCAGGACUCUCCCCCGGGCCUGGGUCGGCACCCAGGAAGAGAAGCAGCCUUCCUGACUUGGUGGGUCUGGUCCUGGAGAACACCAAAGCAGAGCCUUUAUCCAGAGACAUGGAGGAUAAUCAGGAUACAGGGGACAGUAAUGAGACGAGUGCUGCUGUGGACACGAUGGUGAGAGAUAGAGAUAGAGAGACAGAGACACAGGGACAUAGAGACAGGGAGGGGGAGCAGGGGUUGUUUUCAGAUGUACAGGAUAUGGACACUGGGGAUAGUAACAAAACGUGUGCUGUGGGUACACAUAUGUUCAUGGACAGAGAGACAGAGACACCGGGACAUAGAGACACAGUCAGGGACAAGGAGUUGGAGCAGGGAUCGUCAUCAGAUGGGGAUGGAGUUGAUUUAGAGAGAGAGCGACAUUCUGACAGAACACCCAACCUUGGGGCAUCAUCACUUUCAGAAUCGGGUCAUCAAAGAGAGCCCAGUAGUAGGAAGAAGCUGGACUUUGGCCUUAAUACUCCAAGACCGACUUGUGAAGUUGGAGAAACUCAAAACACAAUUCAUCCCACAGGCUGGGCAACAGUAGUGGCACCGGUCGCCAAGGUUACCCAUGACAUCACAGGCUGGGCAACAGUAGUGGCACCGGUCGACAAGGUUACCCAUGACAUCACAGGCUGGGCAACAGUAGUGGCACCGGUCACCAAGGUUAACCAUGACAUCACAGGCUGGGCAACAGUAGUGGCACCGGUCGCCAAGGUUACCCGUGACAUCACCCGUCCUCAGAUCGUUGAGUGUGUUCACCAGGCUCCGUACAGCAGUCAACUACAACAGUGGAAGAGUAACACACAGGCGGAGGACAUUUUGUCCUCUGAGAACUUCAGAUCUGACCGAUCCUUCACCACAUCGGACGGACUACACAAACCCAGGGAGGAUGAUUUCUUAACUACCAGUAACUCAGCCAAGAGUUUAGAGGUCACAGUAACUCCCAUGUCUAAGGUGGAGUCUAGUUUUGGAGAAACUGGAACACGGGUUGUGUCAACGUUCGUGUCUAUAGAGCUCCUUAGUUGCAGGAAGUCCCCUUGUCUUAUCACUGUUACUGAUGUGACACCACCUAGUUCUUUAGACACAGAUGCACCUGAGAUGAUUCUCCCUGCCAGUGGUGGGACCACAGUGGAGCCUCCAGCAGCCCAGUAUUAUCCAGGUGUAUGGAGGAACAAGAGGUACCUGAGUCCUCUGAAACCAACACCACUCCAGGGGCAGGUCUCCCACACUAUUCAACAGGCCAACUCCUUUGAGCUGGAGGAGGUACAGAGCGCAGGGGAGGAAGACUUCGGACAGCAAGAAACUAUAAGGUCGACAUCUUUGUCCCGGUCCACUGUCAAUCAAAACAAAGGUCUGGUGGUUCGGGGGGACAGCAUGCAAUCAGACAGUAGUGGCUACGCUGAUGACGACGUCGACUCCCCUGACAGAGAUAAGAGCUGACGAACAGGACCCUCGGGGAAAUGGACUCCGGGAACUAUUAUUUACAUGAGUCACACAAACAUAUUGAGCCACUGAAGGUACAGUCAACAGAUAGACUGUUAUUGUGAAUGACAUCAUGAAAUCAGGUGGCAUUCUGACCACACCCACUUCGACGUCACACUAGUGCUUCAAGAGUUCAACGUUGACUUCUGUUGGUUAAACGCAUUGCCCCGUAGGCAUAUUUAACACACAGAUCAAGUUUCCUCACCUGAUGCGCAGGCAUUGCCUCAACCAACAGUUGUGUGCCAGACAAUGUGGUUAGCUGACAUGUUUAAAUACUUGUCCAGGCGUUGUAAGAUCUGGCAUGAGUCUUCAGUGUAGUCGGACAGGAACUCAACCCUUCGGUUUUGAUUGUGUAGACUGUCUCGUGUCCAGUGUUUCUGUUGACAGUCAUUAAUCCAUGCUAGUGCUGUGCCUUUUGUGAAAGCCGUUAUUUAUGAAUGUUAAAAAGAAAUGUUUUAUAAAUGAAGAGAAUCAAUAAAGUGAUUUUAAUAAACAUUUUA